ACAUUCGACAGCGCGUGCGACGCUGGAUGGUGUCACCCACAGUAGUUGACUUUAUGCCGUUGGAGACGAUCUUGGAUUCAUCGCCAUCCCUCCUGCCCUCGACCCUCGACUGCGCCUUCAUACCGACUUGGCAGCUCACGGUACCCAACCGCCAACCGCAUUCACCGCACAUAACCUCGCAGCGUCGCCCAAAAUGGCCGAGGUGGCAUUCGCAAGCACGUUCCUCUCACAGCUGGACUCGCGGCCGGCAAAGCUGUCGCCAGACCAUGUCGAGGACCCGCGAAACUAUCCCGCCCGGUCGGCCUACAUAAUGCCACGCAUGCCCAAGCCCAUGAGCAAGCGCGCCCGCCCCUCGAACCCGGGCCAGGAGCGCAGCGUGACGGUGCACCUGCGGUCGCUCCGGAACCCGCCCCUCGACAUCAAGCUGACGUCGCAGCCGCUGGGCACCUCGGUCCUCGACGUUCGCACCGCCGCGGCCGCCCAGGCCGGCCUCCGCGCCGACAAGGUCAAGCUGUUGCACAAGAAGAAGCCUGUGGCCGACAGCAAGGUGCUGCGCGACCUCGUGGCCGCCGACGAUGAGACCCUUGUCGAGUUCUCCGUCAUGGUCCUCGGCGGCGCCGCAGCCGCCAUCCCGAAGGCGGAGGAGGACGCGGCGGCGGCGGACCAGGCUUCGCCGGCUGCCGCACCCACGGCACAGGGCGUCAGCGGCGCCGAGGCCGUGCAGAGCGAGGAGUUCUGGGUUGACCUUAGGGGCUUCUUGCUGCAGAGGGUACGCGACGAGACGUAUGUCGACGAGCUUUCCAGCACGUUUCGUAAAGCGUGGGAGGACAGGUCGUAGGAAAUUACGCUGCCCCCUGGGCUGUGACAUCUCAAUAGACCCCUAAUGAUACCGAUGAAUUUUAAUGCAUGGAAAGGAUAGAUUAUAUGGUGAAUAGCAAAGCUCAAAAACCUUGCCUUAAGAUAGGAC